CGUCAUCAAGCGGCGCCCGUGUUGUUGUCAACACAGACUGAAGCUAACAGCGAAGCUCCUGCUGCCUCUGAUAUCUGACUCUGGUGAUUCUGGUGAUACUGUUCAGUGUUUGGCUCUGCAGAACUGAAUGAGGUGCAGCCUUCUGCCAGUGCUGUUUCAUAAGUGCUGCUGCUGCUAGGAUGGGCCAGCAGCUCUCAGGUCAGGCGUUGAUGACCCGUCUGCCUGAGAAGCUGGUGAAACACGCCGGACUGGUGCGUGACAGCGGCUACCUAACCUACGAAGAGUUUCUGGCAAGAGUGUCCGAACUCAACGACGUUACGGCCAAACUAGCAUCUGGACAGCAGAAGCACCUGCUGUUUGAGGUGGAGCCAGGGUCCGAUGCCACGGCCUUGUGGAAAGUGGCUGUCAGGGUCCUCUGUACCAAGAUCAACAAGGAGAACGGUAUGGUGGAAGCGUCACGCAUCAUGAACCUGUACCAGUUCAUCCAGCUGUACCGUGACAUCACCAGCCAGGCUGCCGAGGUGCUGUCUACAGAGGGCGCCACCGAGGGCCCGUCUGCCCAGCUCCCCUCCACAGACUCCUGCCAGGCCAGCAUGUGGAUGGGCAGAGUGAAGCAGCUGACUGAUGAGGAGGAGUGCUGCAUCUGCAUGGACGGAAAGGCCGACCUCAUUCUGCCCUGUGCACACAGCUUCUGUCAGAAGUGCAUUGAUAAAUGGAGUGGGCAGAGCCGAAACUGUCCGAUAUGUCGCCUGCAAGUGACUGCUGCCAAUGAAUCGUGGGUAAUGUCUGAUUUCCCCACAGAGGACGACAUAGCUGGCUACAUCCUCAACUUGGCUGAUGAGGCGGGCCACCCACACCAGCCUUAACACACAGCUCA